AACACACACAGAAGACUUCGAAGACUUAAUCAAGUCCUGUCAUAAAUUUGUUCCUUUCCCCCUUACAUUGCUGCAUCUUCAAAUCCUCACCUCUCUCGUUCUUCUUGUUUCUCCUCUCUCCCCUUAUUUCCCGCUCUCCCCCUUCCCACGACAGGAACUACCCUUAGCUUAUCGCCGGAAAAAAUGGAGGCGAGAGCGGUCACGGCCUUACACAUGCAGAGGAAAUCGACAGCGAAGAAACCGGCGAAGCAGGCGAAGAAGAAGACGAAACCCAUCAAAGUGAAGUACAUAUCAAAUCCAAUGAAGGUGGAGACUUGUGCCUCCAAGUUCAGAGAGCUUGUGCAGGAGCUCACCGGCCAAGACGCCGCCGAUCUUCCACCGGGGCAGCCGAUUUUCGCGGCGGACGCCUUAUAUCCGGUCACCGCAUCCGUCGUGGCGGAGAAUCCGGUGCCGGAGUUUCAGGACGAUCAGGAGCCGUACGAUGGGGCGGAUCGUGUGCUUAACUAUUUUGAGCCGUUGGAUGGCGAUGUGUUCGUGCCUUACGUGUCGGAAAGUUUUUCUGGGUGUUUUACAAAUGGGUUUUGUACUGUGAACGCGCUAGGAAGCAUCGACUCGGUUUAAUGGGUUGGAUUAGGGUUUCAUCAACAAAACCUAUAGCCUUUUUUACAUGAAGCAAAAUACGUGACAGUAUAUACAUAUACAUAUGUAUGUAUAUAUUGUGUACGUUUUCCAUUUUUAUGUAACAUGAGAUUACAAUAGAUAUAACGAAAUAGUAAAUAUAACAAUAAAAUUUUGUAAGAAUACUGAACGCCAGAGAAUGCUUAGGGAUUCUUUGGUGUGUCUGCAUCUGCAAGUUA